AUGGCGGCCUCCGCUGCAGUCCGGUCGAGCAUGGGGCUGACUUUGAGACUUUCUCGAGUUAUACCGGACUGUAGCACAUGUCCCUUCAACCGUCUGAAGAGCUGCGGGAGCAGCGGAGGUAACUUACAAAGGAGGGGCUCCUUUGAGAGAUUUCGCACCAUAAAUCGGCACUUGCAGACGAGUAUAGGUCUUUACCACAGUGAGGAGGGGAGCUCCAAUGCAGAGGACCCGGAGGAUGUGGUGAAUGUGGUGUAUAUAGAUCGGUCUGGCCAGAGGAUCCCUGUUAAGGCCAAAGUGGGAGAUAAUGUCAUGUACCUGGCCCAGAAGCAUGGAAUUGAACUUGAAGGAGCGUGUGAGGCAUCUCUGGCCUGCUCAACAUGUCAUGUCUACGUGAACGCUUCACAUUUUGACAAACUGCCAGAACCUGUGGAGAGGGAGGAUGACAUGCUGGACAUGGCAGCCUUGCUUCAGGAGAACUCCCGGUUGGGAUGCCAGAUCAUCCUGACUCCAGAGCUUGAGGGCAUAGAGUUCACUUUGCCCAAAGUCACCAGGAACUUUUAUGUGGAUGGCCAUGUUCCCAAACCUCAUUGAGAAGAAGAAGAAAAAGAGGAGGACAAGAUGAGAGUUGGAGAAAAAAGAGAGGGUGGCGCUGCAAGGUAGACACCAGGUGUGCUGGUUGAAUCAGGGGGCGACCAUGAAGAGGCUAGGAUAGUAAAGUCCAUAGCAACUCCUCCUAAGGCUUCUUGCUGGCUGACAAAUUCCACAGUUAACCAAUGACAGUACAUGCCUGCGGAUGACAUCAGACAGAGGCAGACACUAUAUGAAUUUCACUGAAGGUCAAAUUAAUGGUUACUUCCAAAAAAAACUGAUGUUUAACUGAUGACUGAUGUAUUUAUUCAUAGGGAAGUGUUCUCAGGCCAGCAUCAAGAUGCCAUUCAAUCUCGCAAACUGUGAGUUUUAACAGAGUUCAUCUUUGUGUCAUUUAAUAGAACAUUCCUCGUUACAGUUCAUAUACGCACAAGUUUUACAAGAUAAUGUUCUUAAUCAUUUCUGCUGGUCCAUCAUUGUCGCACUUGUCAGAUAUUGUAUGCAUAGCAUUUAAUUUAAUUUUUAUGUACCAAGUUAAUUUGUAGAAGUUGAUGGCUCAUCAAUUAGUACCCACUGAUUAUAGUUAGCACCUCAUCAUAAAUCUCAAAAAUGUUUUCAGGCACAGAAGAAGAAGCCAUAUAUUAUAAUGAAGUGUGUUUCAAAUAAAGAACGCUGCCUGAAACCUAAGGCAUGGGAUCUCAUCACAGUAAGUCAGAAUUUAGACUGUUAAAACUUACAUUUUAUCCACUUACCACUACAAAAUAUUCAGGCAAUGUGUGUCAAGUGUUGGGAUGCAAAAUGCAUUUUAAAGCACUGCCUCUGUGGUGCCAGUGAUAAAGCUUGCUUAAUUGAUCUGGUUCAGGAUCCAGAGCAGACUGGAAGAGGUCUGUUUUGAAGCUGUUGGGCUUCAUGUUACCAUGUUAUGAGUUUACCACAUCUGCCCUUUAUUUUGAGUCUACUGUACCUGUCCUUACGCACAAAUGCAAGUCAACUGUGUAUAUCAUGUAUUAGAAAUUACAAAUAAAAGUUGUGCAAUAAAGGUUUAAAAAAAGUAA